AAGAGAAAUCCAAGUUGAGUAAAGAAGGGAAGGAAUUGAAGAAGUUGAUAAAUUCUGGUCAUAAGACUCGGCAAGCUCAUAUGCCUAACUACGAUCCUGCUGUCCUUAAGAAACCUAAUAUAUCAAGGUGGACAGAAACAAAUUCAAAACCGCUCAGAAUUCAUCCAAUACAGCAAGUAUCCCAGAAACCAGCACUUGACCCAGUUACAGGUACUGUCAGUGGUAAAUACAAGGUGAAGGAUGAGUACAUGCAGAAAUCUACCAUAACAAAGGAGGAUGUGCGUGAAUCUGUGACGGACCCCUUCUGCGGAAUCCGUAUCAUAAAUCCUAGAGUACCAAUGGAUGUGUUUAAAAGAAAGAUGGAAGGCCGUAAUCUUGUAAAAAUUUCUAGACUUGUGUCUAAAAUGGGAACAGACUUACAGAAGGACAACUGGGUGACUCUUGGAGUUGUUGUUCACAAGACAGAGCCCCGACAGUCUGCUGCUGGUAAAGCAUACUGUAUAUGGAAGCUGAGUGAUUUACAGAACUGUGAUAAAACUGUUACAUUUUUCCUGUUUGGGAAUGUAUAUAAGGAACAUUGGAAGAAUGAUCUAGGUGUGGUCAUUGGUCUGCUCAACCCAUCUAUCAUGGAUAAAGCUGAAAAGAAUCAGGCUGAAUUAGCUAUUACAAUAAAUCAUCCUCAACAACUUCUUAUGAUGGGUAUCUCAAAAGAUCUUGGACGAUGUCGUGGUACAACCAAGGCUGGUUCCCCUUGUUCAUCUUUUAUUAACAAGAUGCAAGGAGAAUUCUGCACAUACCAUGUACAGUCAGCAUAUAGAAAAUCCAGCUCAAAACGUACAGAACUUCAAGCUAGCACUGGGAUCACACCAAAAGCCUUCACUCAACAGAAAAAUAAAAACGCAGGAUCUGGAUGUUUUUUCUAUGGAGGAAACACUUACACUACACAGAGACCACAGGCAAAAUCAUCAAAGGAUAAAAUGACCUUGAACAAAUUACAGUCAUUUGAAGCAAAGAAAGCUCCUGGGAAAAUAACAACAUUGUCACUUCAUGACCUUGAACCUGAUGAUGAGAAGAAGAUUGAUAAAUUACGCCAAAAAGAUAAAGAUCUAUUACAACUUUUGUCUGUUCCAUCAGCUGGGUCUAUGAACUUUGUAAAACAUCUUGUGAAGAAAGAUGCAAACCCAACAGUAAAUAAAAUAGAUGAAGGUGAUAUAGUACCAUCUGCUUCUGCUAAAGAUCUUCUAAAGCAACACUCGAAGACACUCCUGCAGAAGAAAAAGGAGGUUGAAUUGUUGACAAGUACGCCAACACUUGGCAAGGGUAUUGGCUUUGGACAAGAGAUUUCAUUGGAUGCACCAAUAAAUAAAGGGAAAGGGAAAGCAUCAGCAGAAUUAGCAAAGCGAUUGGCCAUUGCAAAGAUUAAAUCUAAAGGUGGGGUAAACAAAGAAGAUCCAAAUUCUGUGAGGAAGAAAAUUACAUCACCUGAGGCAAGAGAAAAGAUUAGAAAACGAGUUGCUGAAGACAUGGAGGAUGAUAACACUGGGGACUCUAGUAGUAAAGAGCCUCCACAAAAGAAAUCCAAGCUGCUGGGAGAUCUAGAUCUAAACUCACCUGAUGUACAACAAUUAUUGAAGAAAAAAUCAAAACACAAAGGAGCUCUGGCAGAAGCUGAAUCUGAACAAGAAGAGAGAUAUUUCUCAGCACUAGAGAAGAAAGAACAAAUGGAAGAUAAAAUGGGGGCAAUCAUGGAGGUUCCAGUCAAAUUGUUUAUGUGUUUACAGUGUAAUUACAGGUAUUUUAGUAUACAUGAAAGAUGUAAGAAGGAAAAUCAUCCAACAAAACAAGUGAAAGGAGUGAAAAGAUUCUUUAAAUGUAAACAUUGCAAGAGGCGUACUGUAAGCAUUGAUAGACUGCCAACAAAACCUUGCAAGGAUUGUGGUUCUUCCAACUGGGAGAGAGUAUCUAUGUUAAAGGAGAGGAAUGGACCUAAACUUGAGUCAGAAGAGUUGUGUUUACGUGGAAAUGAACAGAAAUUUAUUGGAAGCUUGCAAGGAAAAGCUUCCUUUAAUGGCUGAACAUACAGUGUAGUGAUUGAAAUUAAACAACAAAAGUUAGGUUGAUGUGAAAGGAAAUGAUGCAGAUAACAGGAUUUGUUAAGUCUAGAGGUGAAGAAUGGAAAAUAGUUCCAAGACUUGAUGAAAGUGAUA